UUUAUAUCCUGAUCAAUUACGUGAUCCCAUCUAAGGUUAAUAGUGUUUAAAAAUUAUUCAAUCACAAUCUAGAACGGGACUCAAAUUCUUUAAUAACCACCAGAGGAAAGUGUUUUCGCUAAAUUAAUUUAUUCUGAUUGGAAAUCUGGCUACGCUGAUGAACUGCCAAGGCCAUGUUUGCUUUGUAUUUGGAGGUUAGUUCUCCCAUUGUUUGUAAAUAGAGGCUUAAAAUGCUGAAAUGGACCCUCUAACUGAGCUUAUCAACACAUUAUACCAACUGGUCAUAGGCGUAAGACCCCAGGAUGAAGACACCAUGAUAAAGAAGCACAGCAGAUGCUUAGAAAAGCUGGGGGAUGUGAGCUUGCCCCUUUCCAGCAAGGUCUGGCGCCAUAUCAUCCAGAGGAGUGCAAGUCGGGAAUUAGGGGCGCCUGGUUUAGUUCACCAGUUCGCUAGUGCUGAUAUAGACAUCGCGUUGGGGCUAUUUCAGGAAUGCCUGCGUGGCUUGAAAGCCCAAAUACGGACCCACAAGUGCAUCAAGACUAGUGCCCACUUGUUCCUCGAACGGGCGCCCCUUUUCAACUAUGCAGUUAAACGCGCUUUAGCUGAAGCUGGCCAGUAUGGAAGGGUAAAACUAUUCAAUCAAGUAAUUAGGAUAACAACGGCAACCACAACCUAUCAAACAGUUAGUGAUCUAGAUCAGGCAGAUCUCACCACUUUGAGGCUCUCCAUCCUAAAGGCCACUAUAGAGAACUUGCUGAAACUCUCCACAAAGUCCGAGCCUGCAGACAGUGUGGUUGUUGCUCUGGUUAACAAUGUUGAGGCUUCUACUGUUUCCAACGCCAGCAUUCUGUGCGGACCAGUAUUGAACGAGCAGGGAGUGAAAGAUACUGAGCACACUGCCCGAGAUUUCUUCCAAAAACGAGUAACCGACAUGAGGCUGAUGGCUCAGCAUCGAUACCGAGUGAACAUACAAUCAGCCCAAGAGUGGAAAGAGUUGUUCACCCAUCUAGGCAGGGCUUCAGUCAGCGUAGAGCUGCUAAGCAACAAGCCUCAGAAGUCUGUGAAAGUUACUCUUGAUAACUUGGGCAACUGUAACAAAGGGCCGGCUUUUAUUUUCUAUAACUGCGCCCGAUUGUCCAUUCUGCUCAAAGAGUUUGACCUCAAAGUCCAGCAAGGGACUUACCCAGAUCUGCCAGCGCUGGACCAAAUCGACUUUUCAUUGCUGAAACAGCCAGAAGAAUGGGAGCUGCUGUAUGUCUAUAUUCUACAGUAUCCACAUAUGGUACAGAGCUGCAUUAAGGGCGUGGAGCUGGGCAAUGUUAAUCCACAGCAUUUGGUAUCGUUCCUAUCGAAUUUAUCGUCGGUGUUCAGCAUUUACUACCGAAGGGUGCGGAUCUUGGUGGCACCAAGAGA